AAACAUGACACGCAUGGCAUUCAAAUGUUAUGUGAAAGUAGUAAUGCAAACAAAAAUAUUGUUUUCAAUUCAAAUGACUUUAGUGUAUGCAAUGAAUGACUUAACCCAACAAAUAGGUGUGUCCUCCCAGUCCUAGACUGCCAUUCAUUACAAUUUUAUACAUACCUGUGCUUUCAUAAACAUACCGAACAUUUCAAUCGCACAAAUGAUUUAAUAUUUUUCAAAUUAUUUUUUUUAUAAUAAAUUAAUAAUAUUUUAUUAAUUUAGUGAUGAAGUCUUGAAUCUAAUAUUUUAAUCAUUAAAUCAAUUGUCUGUCCGUUUAAUUGCCAUUUAGUCCGUAGAAGUGAUGUCUUCAACGAACAACUUUGUGUGUCAGUGGGUGUUGCCAUCGUUUUUGUUGAUUGUCAUCACACAUGUCAUCAAUGGUCAGUUCAAUUGGCAGACCAGAGAUUCUUUUGAUGAGAUCCGCAAACAGUUGGACAAAGUUGUUGAAGACAAUUGUAAAGUAGUUGAUAUAAAUGAAUUGUUUUUACCGCAAUCGUCGGUCACACACAUUCCUGACCUGAAAUGGCUGGGCAUUGACCCGAUAUUCGCCAACCGAACCAAUUUAUUACACAUCCAUAAUAUGGCCCUAAGCCGUGCUUUUUAUCUUAGUUAUAUUCUCCAGAAAGCACCGGACGAUUCAGAACCUGGUUUUAUGUAUUACUUUUUGUCGUCAAUCGCCGACGUGGCGGCCAAUCGCUACAUAAACGCCAGUAGUAUAUAUUAUGGGCCAAACAUGGCAUUCACGCCAUCAUAUAAGGGGUUUUUCAACAAAACGAUGCCUUUGUUCGCUCCGCGAGCUUUCCGUGCGGACGACUUCAAUGAUCCCUACCAUCUUCAGGGAACGUCUACAUUGAAUACCAUAGAAGCCAUUGAUUUGGGCGCAAUUCAGAACAACUCAUUUAGCACUAACUACACACACGAACAAUACAAGAUCAAUGAAUGGUACAAAUUAUGGUUACCUGAUCUCACUAAAAGACACGACUCGAAAACCACUUACACCGUUCAAAUAACACACAUAAACGGUACUAACGAAACAUUUGUAUGGCACGGACCACCCGCCGCAUCCGACAUUCCCGGACCAGUUAAAUGGUUUAAACCUUACUUUGAUUGUGAUCGAUCCAAUAAAUGGGUUUAUGGAGCAUCGGUUCCCAUUCCUGAUAUAUUUCCUCGACAUACUGGUUGGCGACAUAUCGAAAUACCAAUAAAUGUUGCGGUCGCUGUCAUGGAAAUAGAUUUUGAAAGAAUAGACAUAAAUCAGUGUCCCAUCGGUGAGGGCAAUCCGGCUCCCAAUUAUUUUGCUGGUACUGCCCGAUGCAAAAACGCAACCACAGAGUGUGAACCCAUUCACGGAUAUGGUUUUAGACGCGGAGGUUAUCAAUGUAGAUGUAGACCAGGUUUUCGGUUACCAAAAGUGGUCAGAAGUCCUUAUUUGGGAGAAUUGAUUGAAAGGGCGACAAAUUCUGAAUACAAUCGGGGAUAUAAUUGUGAUAAAAUUGGUUAUAUUGCGGUCAGAACUCAAAAUGUUGUGCCAAUUGAAGAAUACGAAAGACUGAAAUAUAUCGCACGUAUGGAAACUUUGACAGGUCUUCAUUCAAACUCGAAUUUCAGUAAUAGAGUUGAUCCCAAUUGGAUUACUAAUUAUGUACGAAGAGAAUUAAAUUCUCAGAACUGCCACCGAUUGUCUGCCAAAAAUCCAGAGAUAUUGACAUUAAGAGGAGAUACUUCUUAUGGCAAAGAAGAACAACUUGAAAAUCAGGCGCGAAUGGCAUUACGUUUGGCUAAUUUUAUUUCGGCGUUUCUUCAAGUUGUUGAUCCUAAAGAACAAUUUGCCGAAUUUCGUGUUCCCGAUAAACCUUUGACUACGGAUCAGAUAAUUGGUGAAGCAUUGGCCACAGUUAUCGGCGACAGACGGUUACAGGGAUGCGGUGUUUAUUUUGAUAGAAACCAAUUUAACCAAAAUUUAACACAUUUUGCUCCGUAUGCCUAUCGAAAGGAACGCAAUGCGAGAAAGUUUUUUGUUGACGAUAUGUCCCGAUUUGGUCCCAAUUCUAAAUUGUUUUACUUAAAUCACGAUUAUUAUAAACUAUUGAAAAUGCGUUGGGCUUCCAAUACGGAUGAUUUGGCCACAUAUACCACCAAAAUUAAUGUCCGUUACAAUAGUACUGGUCUUUAUGGCAUUCGCUAUGACCACUAUCCUCUCCAAUACAAAGCAGCUGAACUAAAACAUGGUCACUGGACAUCACCAUAUUUUGAUUGCGGAGGAUUUCAUAACCAAUGGAUUAUGACAUACUCGGCACCAUUUUUUGGUUGGGAUAAGAUUAAGUCRCGACUCGAGUUUAAGGGUGUUGUCGCCGUCAGUAUUAAACUCGAAGAACUAGAUAUUAAUCAAUGCGGCGAUAAUUAUUACGUGCCGAACGCCUUUAAAAAUACACAUAAAUGUGACCGACUGUCCUCUCGGUGCGUACCUAUACUGGGUCGACGAUUCGAAGCUGGAGGCUAUAAGUGUGAGUGUGAACAGGGAUACGAAUAUCCAUUUAACGAUCCCAUCACAUAUUUUGAUGGCCAAAUACUUGAGGCCGAGUAUCUUAAUAUGUUAGAGCGUCAUCCCUCACGGUUCGACACAUUGGCCUGUCGUGUGGCAGUCGGCAGCUUAACCAGUCAUCCCUGGAAUGUCUUUACUAUUUUGCUCAUUACAAGUGUUGUAAUUCUGGUGAAUCUCUCUCUAAGUCCAAUGUUGUUAUAA